AUGGAAAUUGUUGACGAGGAAGCUGAGGGGAGAAUGGUCAGGUCAGCACCUUGGCUGUGUAAAUCUCAGGACUGGAUGGACAGACAUGCAAAACCUCCAGCGGUGUCUUUGGAGUUCGGGUCGGUGUCGGCCGAAACACUGAACUGUCCAUCAAACUACAAUGAUACCGGCCUGCGAUACAUUGUAUCCGUGUUCUGUCCAUUGUUGUAUGCGACGGCAGAAGUAAUGAAGGAAGGACAGACCCCCGUCCCUGAACUGGGUGGUACAUUGUUGUUCCCCCCGGCGCUCCAUCAAACUCCUCGGGGUCGUCAUGGUUACCAGGAGACACAAAGCCGCCUGGACCGCAGACAAAGGGCGACGGGGAGAAGUCGUUGUGGACACAAGGCCAGAGGAUCGGAGAGUUUACUUCCCGCCGGAGGUCCCCGGACUCCCAGCAGUCACCCCCCUGAAGCCGGAGGUCCCCGGACUCCCAGCUGUCACCCCCCUGAAGCCGGAGGUCCCCCCGCCGCACAUCACGGACCCUUAGGAAGGAAUGUGAAGAUGGCUCCGAGGACGGGGAAGACUUUACGACCGUUGUCACCACUAUUUGUAGUGAUGAGUUUAAUGAUUGGGGCGGCCUACCCCCUGGAGACAGUGAACAUGGCGGACUUCUGCGGUCAGACCAUUAAAGGGGACGGAAUGAUUGUGAAUUCUCACGCGGACUCCAGAAAAUACUACUUCGUGUCGGUGGGGACGGACUGCCGGCUGACCAUGCGAGCCGCGGCCCUGAAGGACAAAGUCCAGUUCCAGUUCCGGUUCUUCCUGGUGUACAGCCUCCUGCGGAUGUCCAAUAUGAAGGCCCAGACCUCCGGGAUGAACGGCAGCGCCCACGGCCCGCCCGCUCAGGAGACCUCCAGUCCCCCCGGCUCUGUCACUGACCCCUGUAACGCCGGCUCCUAUGUCCAGUUCUACGAUGGUAGGGACCACCAUUCGGAACCUCUGGGCACCCCGCUGUGCGGGAAGACCAUCCCCCGGCCGGUCCUGUCUACAGGCAACUACCUGACCCUACGCCUGGUGACCCGCGGCCAGCAGCCCAGGGUGGACUUUGUUGGAGAUUUCACCUCCUUCCGGAUAGACUGCCGCAAUGGGAAGUGUAUCCCGUCCAGCCUGGUGUGCGAUGAACAGAACAUCGAUAACUGCGGAGAUGGCAGUGACCAGUCCUCCAGUCCUCCCGCAAGCUGCCGGCAAGAUGGAGGAAGAG